UUUUGAUUCGGUAAGAGCUUGCGGUGUAGUUGGGAGCCCACUGAUGCUACGUGGUCGCUUAAUCAGCCACGCGUACCCUCUCCCUCCCUCCUCUUCGCUCUCAUCGGCUAUCAACUGAAUCUCCCGAUUUACCUUUUCUCACAAUCAACACUCUCAGGGUUUGCUAUUGCUUUUGAAGUUUUCGUUUUGUACACAACUAACAAAUGGAAAAGUUGAAACUAUCUCAAUGGGGGGAACGAUUGAAGACAGGUGGGGCUCAAAUGAGUCGACUGGUAAGCGAUAAAGUGAAGGAAAUGCUGCAAACUCCUACGCCUGAAUCUAAGAUGGUUGAUGAGGCCACUAUGGAAACGAUGGAGGAGCCAAAUUGGGGUAUGAAUUUGAGGAUAUGUGCAAUGAUCAAUAGUGAAGAGUUCAAUGGUACUGAGAUUGUUCGGGCCAUAAAAAAGAAGAUUUCAGGUAAGAAUUGGGUGAGCCAGAGGCUGAGUCUUGACUUGCUGGAGGCAUGCACUCUGAAUUGUGAAAAGGUAUUCUCAGAGGUGGCAUCAGAGAAGGUAUUGGAUGAGAUGGUUAAGAUGAUUGAGAAUCCACAAACAGAUCAAAGAAACAAAGAUAGGGCUUGGCAGUUGAUUAGAGCUUGGGGACAGUCUGAAGAUCUUGAGUAUCUGCCCGUCUUUCACCAAACAUAUGUGAGUUUGCAAGGAAGAAUCAUGCCUCAACCAGUGGAAUAUGAGAAUUCACCCUCCAUGCCUUAUUCCCUGGAAUCAUAUGUUCAUCAGCAGCCACUAUCUCCUCCUGAAAGAUAUCCUGUUUCUGACACAAGAUUUGAUGAUUAUAACCGUACUACUCUGGGCUAUAAUGUUGGGACACUAUCAGCUGAAGAAAAGAAUGAAUUUCUUGUAACUACUCGAAACAGCCUUGAACUUCUUUCUAGCAUUUUGAAUGCCGAAACUGAACCAAAACCCAUUAAGGAGGAUCUGACAGUGAGCUUAUUGGAGAAGUGCAAGCAAUCACAGGUUGUCAUACAGAGGAUCAUAGAAAGCACCAGUGAUGAUGAGGCUAUGCUAUUUGAGGCGCUUAAUCUCCACGAUGAGCUUCAACAGGUUAUCUCCCAAUAUGAGGUGCUGGAAGCUGGUCUAAACUCUGGAGAGCAGCUGCCUGGGGGUUCUGGUAGCACCAAGGAAGAAUUGCGUGCUCAGAUCGGACAUAAUGAAACCAAGAUGACAGAUCCCAUAAAGGGAGAAAAUGAAAAUGAAUCUAGCAGCAAUAAGAAAAAUGCUGAAUGAAAAGCUGGGAUUUGGAAGGUAGGUUUUGUGCAGGUUUCUAUUGACUUCCUUUAAAUCCCUGAUUCCUUUCACAUGGAUUGUUUUCGCUUUAUUGCAGUGUACUGAUAACUUGAUAGCUAAUAAUAGGGCUGUUGUAAUUAGUUAUGAGCCUUUCCAGCUGAGGUUACUGUGCUUGUUGCCCUUUAGCCUUGGCAAAUGAGUUAUCGUUUAUACUUUGUAGGUCCUAGAGAUUGGAUCAGUGCCCUUUGCUUUGCCUUUAUUCCGUGUCUAUUAUAGACGGAUUAGGUAGUUAAGUGGUUGAAUAUUGUUCUUGUUACUGCCUAUUCAAUCUCUUCCACCUCUACCCAAUAGAAGAGAUUGACCAUAAUAAUCUUUUUCCGCUUGUAUUAAGAAGGGUUAUGUUACUCUUAUCCUUCAUUA